AAUCACGCCUUCUACCAGUGAGUGGGCUGCAAGUCAAAUUAGCUCUCCGUCAUCCUGCUCGCUGUGCACACCGGAGGCUACUGCGGUACGAUGCGACGACGCGCGAUGCCGAGCCGCGGCGGAUGAGGCGGUGCGCGGCGGCCGGAGCGACCGGAGCGGCGGAGAGACACACCGAACAAAAGAUCCGGGUUCUGCCGCUGCGUCUCGGUUCAGAUUAGAGGAGGUGCAGGGGACGGGACGGAUGCGGGUUUGACUGAUCUGCAGGCCGAUGUGGAGAGAUGUGGCUGAUCCCACUUUAGGAUGCUCCGAAACCCGAGGACGAGGAAAGGCUUCGUGCGUAAACAACAUCAUCAAGUAGAGGACACGGAAGCACGAAGCACGGAGGCUCCUGGAGAGGUUGUUCUCUGACAGAUGAGUCGGUCUUCAAGACGGCGUCGCUGAGCAUCAGUCCAGACGAAAAAAGCAAACUUCUCAUUACCUUCCCAUCGGCGCUGACAGCCGGACAUCUGACCCUCCUUGUCAGGAGACUCUCAGAGCUAAAGAGCGAUAAAGAGGAACAGCAUCCCGUUUGCCGUCGGGUUUUUCAGCCGCCAGAACAGACUGUUAAGAUGUGAGAUUAGCAGGAGAUCUCUCAGAAACAUUCUCCCCAGUUCCGCUGUCAGAAUUAAUCAGAACACAGAGAUUCUUGAGAGCGUUUCGUCUGCUUCACGAUGCCCAGUGUAUUUUUAACAAACUCUGAUCUCUUUGCCUUUGAGCUGUCAGGCUCUGAAUCGAAAACAGACUCCUGAUAGCGGCAGCGUUCCCCCUCGCGGAUGAGAAGUCGGCUCCACCUGACAGGCUGCGUUUUAAUAAAGUAUAAGCGAGGACGAAGCAAUAAAACAUAAAUGAGGCCGACAACAGGCACCAUGCUCCAGCAGAACAACAACAACAACUACCCCUGUCUCAACGUGUCGGGCUCCACCAGGGACAUGCUCCAGAAGUGCUCCCGAGCCUCAUUGCCCUUCCCCAGCCGCCUGGAGCUCGGCCUGGGCGACCUGCCGCUGAUACGGGGACUCCGAGCCUGGGCGCUGUGCUCCAAGAACCGCCACAAGGCCGGCGGUCUGCUGGGAGGCGGACAAGCUCCCACAGCGCCUCCUGCAGGCCGCGGGAAGUCCUGCCCCAGACCUGCAGACGUCUACCUGAGCGGGGAGUGGGGUCGCAUGGGGUACGGGAUCCCCCUGGGGCUGGACGCCAGGCAGGCCGGGAUCGGGGCUCUGGUGACCGUCGCUACCCUGAAGACCUCAGAGGGCAGCGGGAAGACGCAAACCCAGUGCCUCUUUCUCCGGACCGAGAAGGGAAGCUGCCUGUACUCGACGGCUAAACCCGGUUCUGGUGGGACGACUGGAGUGGUUGGAGGGUGGCUGAGAGGAAAGACAGGAGGAGGAGGAAGGGAUAACGGGCCGCCGGCGCAGACAGGAGCAAACCGGGUGAGAGUGCGAUCAGGCCGGAGGUGGAGGAAGUCAGGCAAUGCAGAGAAAACAGGCUGGAGCAGAGAGAGGCAGCAGAGGAGCUGGGAGGAUCCGGCUGAAGAAAGGCAGGAAGAGCGAGACAAAGGAGGACCGGACAGCAAACAACAGGACUGCAGGGGAGGCCGAUGCUACCACGAUGCUUCCCCUAAAGCCUGCAGUCAGUGUGGACUGAGAGCACAAUGUAGGGAGAGCCAGGAUGGACUAGACAGAGGAGAAAGUCCCACAAACGGACAGGGCAUGAGGAAGGAGCUGCAAAAGAAUGACGAGGAGGAGAAGGGAGGCCUCUGCAAGUCCUCUAACUGUUUUGUGGCUGAAUCAAAGCCUGACCUAGAAUCCAACUGUACCGACUCCCACUGCGACAUCGGAGGAGCCGAGAGCGACAAAGGGCCGAAAACCUCUCGCAGCAAGGACGACUAUUCAGAGAGAGACGAGGACAUGAACCCCGAUGUUAUGAAAUUACACACAGGAAGCAGCGACUUCAUUCACGGCUGCUCUGAGCCGGAGACUGAAGGCUUUAAAUCGAGACGUAUUAAUGAGAGAAAAGCAGCUGAGGAGUCCUGUGAAGUAGCGGCAGCUGAUACAGAUGGACUUUCUGAUCAAGAGACAGAGAAAGAACAAAAUACAAUCCAGGUUCCUGCUGACUUCUUGGCCUUUCCUGCCUCCAUCACCAUGACUAACCAGUCCUCCGUCCCUAUAGGGGGCAGCACCGGACAGGAAGCUUGUUGGGUUCAGACUGAGAAUAAUCAACAAGUUGAGGAAGCAGAUGUUGGCUUCGAUGAGAAAAACACUGUGACCGAGAAGUUAAAUGAAAAUGUGCCACCGCAGAUUUGCAGCCAGCAGGAGGGCAAAGAAGUUUUGUCUUCACCGCUUAGACAUGAAGAUUCUUCUGGAAGGAUUGUGACAGAAAACAUUAAUGGACGAUCUGAGCUGGAUGGCUUCAAAUCGAGACUUAUUAAGGGUGGAAAAGCAGGUGAGGAGUCCUGCGAAGAAACAGCAGGCGACACAGAUGGAUUCCCUGAGAAAGAAGAAGACAUCAUCCAAGUUCCUGCUGGAUUCUUGGCCUUUCCUGCCUCCAUCACCACGACUAACCAGUCCUCUGUCCCUAUAGGGGGCACCGCCGGACAGGAAACUUGUCGGGUUCAGACUGAGAAUGACCCGCAAGUUGAGGAAAACACUGUGAACAAGAGCAAAGAUGUCCCACCUCUGAUUUCAGUUCUAUCCUCACCUCUUAGACUCGGCGAUCCAUCAACCCAAGAGACAAACGGGAGGGUUGUGUCGGAAAACAGUAGGACAGAAGAGUCAGAGGAGGAGAAUCUAGAAGAGCGAGGGGGUGAAGAUGAGGUUUGGAGGAGGGAGAACACCUGCGAGAAGGUCGAAGAUGCCACACGGGAAGAUGGUAAGAGAGAAUGUUCUCCAGAAGAAGAUGAAGAGUCAAAAAGCAUUGAACUGAACGUAGAGACCAGCACCGACGUCGCCGGUUCCCCCACCUUUAAUGCCCCCUCUCUGGCUAAUCCUGCCCCUUCUCUGCCCCUGCUGGGAUCCAUGGCAAUCGGCCCGGUGGAGGAGGAGGUGGUUAAAACCUCGACAGGAGACGGAGAAGCAAAGCUGGAGGAGAGGGCUUCCACCGUGGCCACCGAGGAGGACGAGGAGGAGGAUGAGUUUGGCGUCUUCAUGCAGGCGGAGGGGGAGUCGGCCUGGACCGGUGGCUUCACCACGCCUGCCUCAGUGCCUUGUGGGAGCAGAGAGAUCGCUGCACUUGGAAACCAGGCCAUCGCCGGGGAGUCGCCCCAUUGGACGGCAGGCUGGAUGGACAGCUCCUUCCACCAAUCAGAUGACACCUGGACAGCCUUUCCUCAGGACUCAUCGGAUGAAGGCCGAGACGUCGUGGAUCAGUGGUGGCCGACCAGCGCCGUGGAGGAGCGGCGAGACCGACUCUCAACCAGUCAGAAUCUGGCGGCCGUCUUUGCUGAAGCCUUCCCCUCGCUGCCCGGUCCGUCCUGCAGUGACCUCGCUGCUGUUCCCACGCUGACCCAGCUCCUCCGGGGCAGAACCAGCCAGGACCAGGGGCUGCUGGACAGUUUCCACGACUUGAACAAAAUGAUCGGCCAGAGAUACAAGCGAGCCAGCGGUGUUUCUCGUGACCUGCUGCUGAAGACUUUACACCUGGAGCAGCCGCACACGGAAGUCCGACCUGCUUCCUGGACAGCGAACCGCCGCCUCUCCCCCGGCCUCCCGUCGGCCAAUCAGCACGCUCAGAGCGCCGCCGCCAAGCGACGGCUGUCGUACGACUACAACAGGAACGUCAUGGAGUAGCCGUAGGCCGGUUGGACUGUCAGUCGGCUGAAGGACUGCGGCUCUGGACAGUUUCUGUGACCGACUCUUUGCACUCUGAGGCGAUGUCGACCCUCGAAGACGGAGCGACUCGCUUCAGUUUACGUCGUCUAAUCCAGCCGCUGGUGAUGUGAACCGCUGGAGUGUUUUCACCUCAAAUGUUCGACACCGUGUUCAACCAAAUCUCCGUCUUGAGUUCCACCCAGAGAACCAUAUGUUCUACAGAUGCUGUUUGGAGAAGGAAGACCUGAAGCUGUGAGGUUCGGCCACCAUGUUGAAGGAGUCAAAUCCACAGUUAUAUUUUUAAUUCUUCUAGGCUUUAAUUUACAGCUAAACUUACUGUUAUUUUAGCAGAAAUGGUCCCAAUCGCAGGAAUGGAAAUCGAUAAUCUGAAGUUCUUAAAUGUUUGUCUCCUCCUUCUGGUAGAGAGAGGAAUUACACAAACAUUGUUGAGGAAUGCUUACGGAUCGCUUUCCUUUUCAGACUCCUUCCUCCAAAUGCUUCCUCUGACUCUUAAGUUUAUUUUUCAUUUGAAAAAAUGGAAACUUUUCUUGUAUGCCUUCUAGUUUUUCCACUUCAGUCCCAGGUUUCUGUAGCUUAUUCUCCUUAGCUCUGAUAAACCAACAACUACUGGUAAAAUGCAUCGCUAACGGUGCACCGAUGUUCAAAUGUUGCCACAAAAAGCAGACUUUAAACUCCAAUUUACUGCAAAAUGCAAAAGUCUUUUAGGUUUUAGUUUACAGCAGAAGUUACUGUUAUUUAGUAGAAAUGGUCCCAAUCGUAGAAAUAGAAAAAAAAGAUAAUCUGAGUCAAACUAAAAUGCUUAAAUGUUGGUGUCCGCCUUCUGGCAGAGAGAGGAAAUAAACAAACAUUGUUGAUGAAGGCUGAUCAGUCAGUUCGAGGUCGAUAUGAUUGUUUUUCAGACUCUAAUCCUUAUUCUAAAUUAAUUCCUCUGAACAAGUAUAAAAUCUUAAUCUGUUUCUGUAUAUACUAUGAAAAUUUGAGGUUAUUUCAACAAGAAUUGCCAAAAUUAUUGGCCUGCGAAAUGAUGUCAAAUUGUUUGGGACACCCUGUGUUGUUUUUUUAUUAUUUUGCCUUUACUCCAUCAACAUAGUGGCCAGACUCUCGCUAACAUCUGGUUUUCUGCCUUCAAACACGCUGUGACAGAUUCUUCGGUUCUCCUGCAGCAGAAACCGAUCUCACUCACGUGUUAGUCCACAGAGAAAACCACGCCUGUCCGAUUCUAUCAUCACACCCAGAGCAGCAUUAUUUUUCCACUCCGUGACACUUGUAGGACUGCAGGAGGAAUCUAGAUGUGAUGAGUUUGAAGUUUGUGGGUUUUUUUGUUCGUUUUAUCACGUGCUGCAUGUGCUUUCAUUGUGAACCUAUGACAGGAAAUAAAAGUGGUUUUGGUUCCUCAGAUAAUGGAGUUUGUCUUCCAGUUUAGUGCCAACGGGAGCUCGGGUGAGAAGCACCAAUGUUUGUCAGAUUACACAAGCGACACGUUCAGGAGGUUCCUCAAACAAUAGCAUGUGAUGUUUGGCUCUUUUCCUUUUUUCCCCUCCUCGUCUGGCCUCCUGUUUGCCCGUUUCUCAUCUCAGCUCUACUCUGUUCUGUAGUUGAGUCCACUUCACGGGCAAAACUUGAACCAUAGCUGCCAGUUAAGACAAUAUUUGACGAGGAUGUUUGUUAAGUCGAUGAUGCUCUGUACUUUCAGUUCCACCACGCUGUUCUGCUCACCCCACAGGGUUUGUUCCACUCUGUCUUGUAUAUUUCACUUGUCAACUCCAUCAUUUGUGAUGAAAUUCAGAAACAAUCCUC